AUGUCUGAAGGCGGUGGAUAUAAUCCUUUUCUAGAAGCAGAGAAAGAGAAAGGCCGGCCAUCUGUUAUCUACGACUACUGCAGAAAAGCUCUGGAACAAGGCCAUGAGGAGUGCAUAUGGAUCUGCAUGAAACGGGGUGGCAAAUGGAUUGCUCAGGAUAUAAAAUUGGAGGAAUCGUCGUUUCCAAUUCGGGUUGAUGAGCUGCGAAAGAUCUUCAGUUGGUGGAAACGCUAUUCCUUUUAUUCCGCUGUCGGUGUGAAAGAGGUCAUGAUUCGCUUUAUGAGUUACGACUCCACGAAGAACAAAAUAACUGUUGUAGUUACCGACUUCAAUUACGAUGAAUUACAAAAUGGCAUUGUUGAAUCCAUUGAACACGCCCUUGAAAGUGGGUUCGAGCCAGGCACAUGCGGUGUCGACAUCCGCGGCGAAAGCGCCUGUGAGAAAGUAGCGGGCACAUUCUGCCUAAAUACCAAAGAUAAUGGGUUUGAAUGUUGA